AUGGUGGAAGAAGACUGUUCAAAAUGUCCCGGGGCCGUCUCGACGUUAGGGGACGCCCUCGACGAAGAGGGCCACUACUUUGACUUCAUCAAGUUCUACAAGAAGGUCGAGUUCUGCGACCGGAGCCUUCGCUUAGAGAUCCUGAAGGAAACCAGAAAAGGACCUACGUCCGCCAACGACGAGGAGCUCCCCAUCAAUUCGAUCGUCGUCGCCGCGAAGAGCGUCGUGCUACAAAAGAUGCUGUCCACAGGAAUGAAAGAAGCAAACAAAAGCGCGCCUGUUGUCAUCAAAGUCACGGCCGAAGAAAAGACGGCAUUCAAAGAGAUGCUUCACUUCCUCUACGCGGGCAGCCUUUCCCCGCGCCUUCUCGAGGCGACCAUUGAUGUGCGCGAGCUCGUGGCGCUGCUCGUGCUGGGCGACAAGUUCGAAGUCCCAUCCCUUAUGGGCACUGUGGUCAGAUGUAUAAGCACCCGCCGGAAGUGUAUUCCUGACAGCACAGUGCUCGCGACCGAGAUCCCAGACACGCGCCUUCAACUUCGGCAAGUCAAGAAACUGGCGGACGACGCGCGCGCGCAUGUCGUCGAAACGUACGCUGACGUCAGCGGCACGUGGGAGUCUGAAGCGUUCAUGAGCCUGAGCCUGGAGGUGAUUGAGAUCCUCAUGCAAGCUGAGGAGCUCGAGGCGGAGAAUGAGGAGGAGAUUGUCGAGAAACUUCUAGGCUGGAUUCGGGGAAAGUAUGACGCCCUGAGUGCGCGGCGACGGGUGGUCAGGGAUUUGACGCCCCACAUUCGGUUCUUCUCCCUUACCGGAGAGGCCCUGGAAAGGUUCCUGUCAACACCAGAGAUGCAAUCGAAAGGUACAGAAACCAACCGGUGA